AUGGUAAUGCAAUGUCAUCUUUCCGUCUUUUCCCAUAGCGAGUCAGAUGGCAACCCUAGCACAGAAGAUGAAUCCAGUAAGGGGCAGGAGGAUUUAUCUCCCCAUCCGCUCUCCAGCUCAUCUGACGGCGUUACCAGCCUCAGCCUUCCCGGCCACAUGGAGCCUGUCUACAUGCAGCAGCUCGGAAACACUAAAAUAGCCUUGAGCUCAUCUGGCGUCUUGUUGAAUGGAAACCUCGUGCCUGCCAGUACCUCUCCUGUCUUUCUCAAUGGUAGCUCUUUUCUUCAGGGACCCAACGGUGUCAUUCUCAAUGGACUCAGCGUGGGGGCUUCGCAGACGGUUACCUUAAAUUCACCCAAAACCACGUCAAGCGUUGUGAGCAACGGGGUGUCCAUUACUGACAUACUGUCAUCUUCAUCAGAAGAUGUUAAGGACUUCAAACUCCUUCAGGCUUCAGUCCCCAAUGCUGCGGCAGCCACCUUCAGCCCCAGUAACAUCCCGGUCUCAUUCCCGGGAUUGAUACCAAGCACAGAAGUGAAAAGGGAAAGCGUACAAACUGCUGCCUCUCAAGAUGGAGGCUCCGUAGUUACUUUUACUGCUCCUGUCCAAAUAAACCAGUAUGGCAUUGUCCAGAUCCCCAAUUCAGGAACAAAUGGCCAGCUGCUGAACGGAAGCAUCGGUUUUUCUUCUCUGCAGCUGCCUCCUGUUUCUGUGGCAGCUUCACAAGGUAAUGUUUCAGUAAAUCCCAGCACAUCUGAUGGAGGAACUUUUACGACUGAAUCUUCAACAGUGCAGCAGGGAAAGGUUUUCUUCGGCCCCCUCGCUCCGAGUGCAGUCGUUUAUACGGUUCCCAAUUCAGGCCAGGCAGUAGGCUCUGUCAAGCAAGAAGGACUGGAAAGAAGCCUGGUGUUUUCUCAGUUGAUGCCAGUCAGUCAGAACACGCAACUAAAUGUAAACAUGUCUUCUGAAAAUAUAUCCAGUGGAGGACUCCAGUCCCUGGCCUCCUCGUUAGUGAAUGUAACGCCCUCACAUAAUUUUUCCCUCACACAACCAACUCUUUUAAACGCUGCAGAACUGAACUCUGGUAUCUCGGAGAGCCAGUCCAUGUCAUCACCUGUGACCAGUACCUCUACCGUGAUAUCUAUCAGCAACACUAACUAUGCAACCCUUCAGAACUGUUCCCUCAUUACCAGUCAAGAUCUGUUGUCCAUUUCUACAGCACAGCCCGCACUUGGAGAAAUAGUUUCUACAAGCGGAGACCGUGUCAGCCACCCCUCUGCGCAAGUACAUCAAGAUUUUGUCAGAGAGCACAGGUUAGUUCUGCAAGCCGUACCUGAAGUCAAAGAGAAUUUCUUACCUAAUUCUGAGAGUAAGUCAACUGGCAAUUUAAUGAUGCUGGAUUCGAAAUCCAAGUAUGUUAUGAGUAACAUGGUUGAGACGGUUUGUGAAGAACUGGAAACGGACAAAAAAGAACUUGCCAAACUGCAGACAGUUCAGAUGGAUGAAGAUAUGCAAGACUUGUAA